ACAGGUCCGUGACGCAAGAGACUGUACUAGAAUCUUUCUCGAGCUUUCGUGGUCAUUCCAAAGCAUCAUCGAUGUAUCCAUUGAUACCAUCGCCAUGAAGGUAUAUAAAGUGGCGCUUGAAUGCUUUCAUCUCCUCAGAAACAAACGAUAUACACGCAGCUAUACGACUUUAACGACUUCCCCACUCUAAUCGCUUCUCAACAUCAUGUCCCUCUCACACUUCUUCUACGAGCCCUUCUACUCUCUCUCAGAGUUCGAUCGCUUGUUUGACGAAGCAUUCUCUGCUCGUACCAACAACAGUAAUAACCAGAGACAGCUUCAGAGGCAGGACCGGGGAUCAGGGACAUUGAGACCAAGAUGGAUAUUUACGAAGAUGAGAAGCGGAACAUCGUCACCGCGACGUUCGAACUUCCCGGCCUGAAGAAGGAGGAUGUCAACAUCGACAUUCACAACAAUGUUCUCAGUGUCUCUGGCGAAUCCAAGGUCUCCUCUGAGCGCGACGAGCAUGGCUAUGCCGUCCGUGAACGUCGGUAUGGAAGGUUCUCGCGGUCGAUCCCUCUUCCGCAGGGUAUCAAGGGCGAAGAUGUCAAGGCUUCGUUGGACAACGGCAUUCUCACUGUUACUUUCCCUAAGACGACCCCUGAGCAGGCACCCAAGAAGAUUACGAUCUCGUAAUCCUCUUGGCCCUUGCUUCAUUCUGCCCUAAGUUUUCCCAAUGACUCGAGGUGUCCAUUGUGUUUUAGUUUAGUCUUUAUUGUUAUUACCAUGUUUCCCUUUGAUACCGUGUUCCCUUUGAUAAUGUGUUCCCCUUGAUACCAAUUUUAUUUUACUGCCCUCCUCUACGAACGGCGUGAGAAUCUCGAUG